AUGCUGGGGCAAGAUGACUCUUUCGAUUUGCUUGGCCUUGCAGCUGUUGAAGCUGAUCACCAAGUGAAGGCUGGCGGUUACAGAUCGGCCACGCCUUCAAAGCAGCCUGAUGUGGCUGAAGAUGAACUUGCGGCACCGCCACCUCCUGUUAGUCUGCAUCAGAAAGCAGAGAUUGAGGAAACUUCCCAAACAGAGGACAUGCACCUCAAGCGAUACACCGUGCGCUGCGAAGGGCGGUGGAGGGUGCGAUCUGCUCCGUCCUUGAGCUCGAAGGUGAUAGGUACAAUCGCGCAUGGCACUGUUGUCCUGGGUGAGGAUUGUGCUGGCGAAGUUCUCGCGCAGGGUAUGUCUGGCACUUCGCCAAUUCCAUCUUUCCAGCAGGAUGCGAGUUUGCCAUCUGAUGUUCUCCAACAGGCUCUUGAAAGCAUUACAGCUUUGUGGGUGAAAGUCACGCGAUUUGAGGCACAGGAACCCAUGGGAGUGUCUGAGAUCAAGCGAGACUCAGCAACAGGUGGUGGUAUUUAUUGCUUGCGCCGCAAUGCGAUGGGCUAUGGCUUGUACCAGUCAAACACGGAACCUCGAGAUGGUCCGCUCAUUCUCCUGCCAGAGCAUCUGGGCCUUGAGCUGCGCUUGGACGCGCAGCGAGCAGCAUCGGACCGGAUGGAGGAUGUUUCGCUGACAUGGAAAUUGCUCGGAGCAGCUGAAAGCGUGGGCCGCUUCUUUUCUUUGUCGGCAGAAGACGAGGCCGGGAUAAAUGAAAACAUACAGUCGCCGUCUUUGCGAAGACCGGAAGAUUUGUUUGAGGUGAAGCAGCGCGAGCAGCUAAAAAAGGCAGUCUCCGCGCUGCGAGUCCCCAUGGCAGAUCUCGCUGCAAAGGCCAGCGCUGACGGCUCCGCUGUGGAUCUCCUUGCUGGCUUGCCCAAGGAUCUGUCCAGGCGGUUUUCUCGGCUACGAUCUGCGUUGAUAGCCGCGACGUCUGAAACAAAUUCUUUAGUUGUGUGCCCUCGAUGGGCAGGUCAGGAGGAGAUGACUGGCCAUGUCCCAGAGGAGGAUUUAGUGAACUCAGCUGCAGAGCACAAGGUGGAAGGAAGUGCCCAGGACCUGACGGACUUUACGGCCAUUUGUGAAAAGCUGGAACGCACCGGAUCCUGGACGUGUGUGGAUGCCAAGCUCCGGCAGGAGGUAAUCGCCUUUAGCACGAAGCAUGCCCAAGAGAUCCAGAAGUAUGUCAGGUUGCGUUGCAAGGAUUUGGCGGUGACGUCGGGGAAGUCAGAUCCGAGCGCAGUACCUGCUGCUCCAGGGCUGUUGGAUGACCUCAUCGAAACGAAGCCAAAGAUUGUGGCCAAUUCUGGCCCUGCUGCGUCAGCACUGCCCUUGCUACCUCCACCGCCCUCAUCCGUUUGCAGCGUGCGCUUUGGUGAAGAGCCGCGUGCUGGCAAUUACGCCAGCUUUCGUUAA